AUGUCGACAAGAGACAGACAUUCAGGGCGCUCUCGCACCGGUAGGCCCCCGGAAAGGUCACAGCGCUCGGCCACGAGCGGAUGGCGCGUCUUUGCAGCUGUGAUUCUCCUCCUUUCGCUGGUAUUACCCAUCACCUCGGCGCAACCAUCACCUUCCGCCCCCGGACCGAUACAGAACCUGUCCAUCGCCGCCAUACCCGCUCUGAUCAACCUUACACCCCUCAACAGCACCCGACCGACGAUCCAGCUCAGCCUCCCUCCCACUCCCGACCUUUUCCUUACAUUCAACCUAUGCUCGCUCACCUCGAACUCGUCCCUCCUUCCCACUGUACUCAUUUCUACGGCGGCUGACCCGGCAUGGUCCCUCGGUGCUCGAUCGACGGCCGAUUCGGGAUCUGGAGGUACGAGGGAGGGAGGGCACAACAGGCGGAGCCGGCAAGGAGCAGUAUGGAGUCUAGUAUGGGACAAGGGAUUUGGGAACUGGACGAUGUCUGGAAUGGGUCAAGGGGAGCAAGUCAAGAUGCUGCUGUCGCUUGAUGUCGAUGUCAACGGGGCGUUUCGGUCAGGGGUGGGUGCAGGCAACAUGCCCACCUAUCCAAACUACACCCUUCCGCCUGCGCAACUCCCUUUAUUCGCCUCUGGCGCCGGAUCGUCCACCUCGUCCUUGACGCUGAUCAUCGUGCCCACGGGAUCCUCACCCACGUCCGACGGACUCGACAACUCUCUCUGCGCCAUACGGACCGCCAACAUAUCUACCGGCGGAAUCGCAAGUGCGCGGAAUGCUGUACUCAAUCGAAGUCAGCCUCAUUGGAUGCGUCUAGGAGGGGAAGAGGGUCUCCGGUCAGCCUGGGGUGCGGGCGAUCUCGUUGCUGGAGGAUCGAAUUACACCGCCUGGACACUUGAUGAGGCGAAAGGGGAGCUGAGCCGGCCAGUAUGGUUCGCAACAAAACAGGCUGGCUUCUCAUGCCCCCUCGUACUUCCCACUUCUUUCUGCCCAUCCAUUGCGUACGCCGCCCCACUACCCCUCGAUCCGACCAGCCCUACACAUCCCCUCUCGUCCCUCCCUUCCAAUAUCACCGACCAGCUCACUUCCAAUCUCAACGCUCUAUCUACCUCCCUUCUUUCCACCGCAUGCGGCAGGGACCGCUACUCCUUCGCCUCGAGCUGUGCAGACUGCCACACGGCAUACCGCGACUGGCUGUGCCGCGUCCUCAUUCCUCGCUGCGCCGGCGGAGUCGAUACGACUGCCGAUCCGGCGCCUCAGGUCACCCGUCGUACGGUUGACGCGCCGAGAGUACCGGGUGUCGUAUUGGGCGGGGAUCAGGGGUAUGACGAGCUCCUACCCUGUCUAUCAACUUGUAAUGCCGUCGAUAGGGCGUGUCCGGUGAACCUUAACUUCCGGUGUCCGUUGCGCAAGCAUGGAGCGGACAAGAGUUACGGCUUUUUAGGGGAUGAUCCAGGAUAUGGGGAUGGGUCGGCGGAUCUUGGCGUUGCGGCGGGCGAUGGAUGGGGGAAUACCUGGUGUAAUCCUUGA